CGCGAAAGGAGCUUGUCCCGCCUCGCGCCCCGUCGUUGCCGGAACGGCCUUUAAGCUGACGUGUGUAUGUGAACUCUGAAGCCUUCCUCUGAACACGCCCACUUCUAAUACCCGCCGCUUCUCCCUCUCCGGACCUGAGGCGACUAUGGCUGCCACAUGGGAAGAGAUCCUUAAACUGUCCCAGCAGUUCCAAUCUGCCCAGUUCGCCCAGGCGACGCAGAGACUGUCGGAACGUAAUUGCAUAGAGAUUGUUUCUAAGUUAAUUGCUGAAAAACAGCUGGAAGUAGUGCAUACCCUUGAUGGAAAAGAAUAUAUAACUCCUGCACAGAUUAGCAGGGAGAUACGUGAUGAACUUCAUGUUCGUGGUGGUCGUGUGAACAUUGUCGACUUGCAGCAGGUAAUAAAUGUAGAUCUGCUCCAUAUUGAAAACCGAGCCAAUGACAUUGUGAAAUCAGACCGAACAGUUCAGCUAGUGUUGGGACAACUUAUAGAUGAGCGUUAUCUAGACCAGAUAGCAGAAGAAACAAAUGACAAGUUACAAGAAUCUGGCCAGAUGAAAAUAUCUGAAUUGUGCAAGACCUAUGACCUUCCAGGAGACUUUUUAAAGCAGGCAUUUUCUGCCCGUCUGGGAAAAAUUAUCCAUGGCCAAAUUGACCAAGACAAUCGAGGGGUGAUUUUCACAAAUGCCUUUGUCACACGUCAUCAGGCACGUAUUCGUGGUCUUUUCCGUGCCAUUACCCGACCAACUCCAGUAAAUAAUCUAAUCACUCGGCAUGGUUUUCAAGAGCAUCUACUUUACUCUGUGCUGGAGGAGCUUGUCAAUACUGGACAUCUGAAAGGCACAGUAGUUGGUGGAAGACAAGAUAAGGCUGUGUUCAUCCCUGACAUUUAUGCAAGAACUCAGAGCAACUGGGUGGAUUCUUUUUUCAAGCAAAAUGGUUAUUUGGAAUUUGAUGCAUUGUCCAGACUUGGCAUCCCAGAUCCUGUGAACUACAUAAAGAAAAGGUACAAGUCCUUGCAGCUCUUGUUUCUGAAAGCCUCUUGUGUUGGUCAGGAAAUUGUGGAUCAGGUGGAGGCCUCUGUGGAUGAAGCCAUCAGCUCUGGAACCUGGGUGGAUAUUGCGCCUCUUCUUCCAAGUUCAUUCUCUGUGGAAGAUGCCAGCAUGUUGCUUCAGCAAGUGAUGAGAUCCUUCAGUAAACAGCCUUCAGCUUUGGUCUUUGGCGAUACUAAUGUAGUCAGUGAGAAGUUUCUCAACAGCUGUGCUGAUUUGUUCAGUGAUCUUAUGCAUCAGAAAGCUGAAAAGGAAAUGAAAAAUAACCCUGUUCACUUAAUCACAGAAGAGGACCUGAAACAGUCUUCCAUUAUAGACAAUAUAUCUUCAAGUAAAAAAGACAAAAAGGAUGAAAGAAGGAAGAAAGCAACAGAGGGUACUGGAAGUGUGAGAGGCGGUGGCGGCGGAAAUGCCAGAGAAUUCAAGAUAAAGAAAACUAAGAAGAAGGGACGGAAAGAGGUUGACAGCGACGAGGAAUCACAAGCAAGUAGCACAAACAGGAGUAAGCACCACGAGAUCCCUUUCAUGACACAGGAAGAGAUUGAAGAUGUUUUAAGAAAACAUGUAAAGGAUUGCCCAGAGGAGCUUAUAACAGAACUUGCUGAUCAUCUAAUAAGGCCACUGACAAAGAAGUAUCAGGAAGAAUUGCGUUCUGUAUUCAUGUCCUCAACUUCUUCUUACUCAGGAGCAAACAGGAAAAAGACUAUGAAGGACUUGCAGGAAGAGGUUUCAAACAUGUAUAAUAACAUCCGAUUAUUUGAAAAAGGAGCAAAGCAUUUUACAGAUGAGACGCAAAGUAAUAUUGCCAAGCACAUGCUGAAAACAGUUUGUACAGACAUCACGAAUCUUAUUUUCAACUACCUAGCUGCUGAUGUAAUGAUGGCAUCAGAAGACUACACUGCAAUUACAGCUGAGAUCAGGAAGAAGAUUUUAAGCACAUUGCCUGAAGAGACAAGAGGUCCUUUAACAAAACUUCACAUGGCACUGAAUGGCAAAGAUUUGGAAGAAUUUGUUUCCUGUCUUGACACCGCUGCAGAAGCUUGUGAUAUUAUGGUAAAAAAAGGAGAUAAAAAGAAAGAAAGGCAAAUCCUGUUCCAACACAGGCAGGCUUUGAUUGAGCACCUAAAAGUCACAGAUGAUCCAGCUCUUGUUCUUCACCUAACAUCAGUCUUGCUGUUCCAGUUCUCAACACACUGCAUGCUUCAUGCACCUGGCAGAUGUGUGCCACAAAUCAUUGCCUUCUUGAGUACAAAGAUUCCAGAGGAUCAGCAUUCACUUCUUCUCAAAUACCAAGGGUUAGUAGUAAAACAGUUGAUCAGCCAGAAUAAGAAGAUAGGUCAAGGUGAUGACGAUGCAGUGGAUAAUAAUCUGGAAGCAGAAGGAAGUACAGAGGAGAUCCGAAAAGAACUGCGAGAGCUGGCUGGUUCUGUCAAAGAUCUCGUUCUCAGGCCCAGAAAAUCUUCUGUAACAGAGGAGUGAUAAUAAAGCUCAUUUCAGGAUGUUCAGAAUAUGCAAGAGUCAGAAUAUUUUCUUUGGGAAGACUUGAUCAGUGAUGCUCCAUGUAACAAGCGUCGCUGGUUGUAGUGGGAUGUUGGCGAAAAAUCACACCGACUGGUGGUGGUGUGGCAGGAACAUGUGAGCCUAAUAAUCUAGAAAAAAUAUAAGGGAAAAUAACCAAAAGUGUAAUGCUGCAUUAAAAAAUGUUAUUACUAGAUCUGGGGAUUGGGGGGAAAUGCAUUGUUUCAUUUUCAGAUUCUCAUUUCUGUGCACUAUACCUCGAGUUUUAGUCUCAGAAUGGAAAAAAAAAUUAGGGUUAAACAGGCCUUUAGAUUUCAUAGAGUUCUGCCUGGAAAGUUCUUAAAAACUUGAAAAGUUGCAUAUUCAUGUACAGAAUAAAUUUGGUUUGUUGCACUACCUCAUUAUUAUUUUUUCUUUUGACCUCUUAGUGAAUCCUCAA